CAACGUCCUCGACAGCAGCCAGGGAGAGGAGGAGAAGGAGAAGAGCACAGUUGCCCCAGGGCCUGAGCCUCAGACAGCCAGACUAUCUCGGGGUGGAAAAAACGUGAAGAUGAGUGACAGAGACAGAGUGAGCAAGUAUGAACCAAAAGGAGUGAAGGGGGCUUGGAUAGACGGAUGGGGGGAGGCCGAGAAGUUUGGCGAACACCGAGGAACUGACAUGUCUCAAGGAAAUGACACAUUUGGAGAUAGAACACAAGAGGCAAAGAGGGAUACUUUCAGAACAACCUCGUUCACAGCGAUGGCCCGGAGACGGAAGCAAAAUGGUGGCAGCACUAGCUCCAGCUGUAGCUGUGGAUACGGUGGUAACACUAGCCUGAGUACUGAUUCCUAUUACAGCACUGAGAUCAGCAAUGCAAACAGCACUAAUGCCAGCUUUGACAGCUUUGACUACUCAUCUGAGUUACCUGACACGCCUCCCCCACCACCCCCUCGCCCGUUGCCCCCGUGUCCACCCGUGACAUCAAAACCACCUGAGCUUCCUCCAGUGAUGCCCUGCACUGUCCCUGCCAACGCCGCCCGCCCUGAGCGCUUCGACUGGCUCAUUGCCUUCACCCCAGAGACAGAGGCCUCUCCGCGGGAGCUGAGGAAAUGCACCAGCGGGGUCGUCCUGCCCAAGGUCCCGCUGGGGUCAAAGGUCACAACCUUCAAAGAGCUGCGAAACCGAAGCAAGCAGAGCUCCUUGCCGGCGCCUGCUGAGCCCGAGCCAGACCCGACUGUGGCGACGCCGGACCCCGACUUCCUGUACAACCUGAAGUGGAGGCGGGGAAAGAACGGCGGCGACGGCAGUCAAUGGGAGUACACCUCUCAGGCCGAGGCCUCCCUCCUGAUGCCGCCGCCCACUCCCGCCUCACUGUCCCUCUUCAGGGAGAUGCGUCACCUCACCCUCGAGGGGGACGGGCAGGCAGAACCCCACUCCUCACAGCGGAUUGGCUGCUCAGUCAGCGAGGGGAACCUGUGGAAUAUGGGAGCUGAACGGGCAGGGGACGGGCAGCAACGAGAAGAGGAGGAGGAGGAGGAGGUGCAGGUGAGAGGAAGAGCCGAUGGAGGGAGAACCCUGGAGUCCAGAACUACAGCGGUCCGCAGUCUCUCAUUCGCUGGGUCUGUGCAAAGGGCUGGGGCCUGGAUGGGCGAUGAUGAUGAUGCAAGCUCCGCCUUGAGAGGUUCAAGCCUGUCCUCUCAAUGCCUGCAGGAGAAAAGAGCUCUGGUCAGUGCGGUCAGUCUGGCAGUGGAGGCCAUUCUGGCCCAGUUCAGCACCUCCAGGACUCUGGUGCAGAAGUCCCCCUCGCUAGAUAAGGCGCUCUCUGGGGACAGUAGUAUAAACCCAGCGCUGGGCCGACUGGUGUUGCAGUGUCUGUGCCCAUCCCUUCGCAGCCUGCUGUCGGACGGACUCAAGCCCCACCAAAGUGACCUGAUCGCAGGCAGGAGGCCAAAUUCACCUUGGGGACUGGUGCAGGCCUCCACCAAGCCAGGCCCCAGGACCCAGGGCCUGCACAGCCUGCAGGCUAGAGUGGCUGACCUGCCCCAGCUGAGGCAGAGUGGACACAGGUUCAAUGCCUUCCUGCUCGGCCUCCUCAACGCCAAACUGCUGGAUUAUUGGCUCUCCCACCUGCAGACAUGUAGUGACGUGUUGUUGACAUACUAUCGGCCAAACUCCUUCAUGAGGUUGUCUCUCACUUCCUGUCAGCCUCUCUUUGAGGAGCUCCUCCUCCUCCUCCAGCCUCUGUCCCUCUUGACCUUUAACCUUGACCUGCUGUUCCAACACCACCACUUUGACCCCGCCUCCCCUGCUGACCCUCCGACCAAUCACAGCCCAGAUUUAACUAGCCCACCCAAUCAGGAGCUGGGCUUCGGGGUCUCUCCCUGGGGCCCGGUCCAAGGGCAUCGCCUGGAGAGUGUGUCAGAGCACGAUGCAGGAAGGCCAGAAUCACGUCCAGCCAAUCAGAACACAGCUCUCUCGAGCUUGGCCAUGCCAUUGGCCAGAGGGCUAGUCCAGCCAUCCUGUCGUGGCCCAGUGCCUGUCUCAGCAUUUUCCAUUAAGGGAGAGACGAGCCCUCAGCUUCAGUGGGUGCGGGAGAAGGACAUAGCGCCCCCUCCAGACGAGAGUGAGUACAGCAGCCUGUCCCAGCAGGCAGGGCAGGUGCUCCACCAGGGCUGGGGGGCAGUCGUGCGCUGGGGCGAGCGUUUAGGACACAACCUCAACUCUCUAGGAUCCUCCUCUGAAGACACUACCCCAGGGACUUCCCCAGACUCCCGCAGGGGCCCAGACACCCUCCGCCUCCAGCCCCAAGAGGAGGCCUCCUCCUGGGCCAACAGUGUGGCCGUGCCGUGGGGGCUAGAGAGGCUGUUUGGAGCCUCCAAGAAUACCUGCAACCCUCCAGCACACACCCCACAAGCCAGGCGUCCAUCUCAGUGGCUGUCUCCCAGCGUGUCUGUCCUUGCGCGCAUGGUCAGUGGCACCCAGCCCGCUCUGCCCGACAGGAUCCAUGUGGAGGCCAAGCAAGCCAAACCUGCCGAGACAGAGAGAGAAGAAACUCAAGACAAGCCAAAACCCACCAGGGCGGUGCGAACACUUUGUGACCACUCGGGCUCGGGGAAGGAGCUGACCUUCCACAAGGGGGAGGAGCUCAUUGUGCUGGGAAGUGUGGACCAAGAUUGGAUUCGCUGUCGUCAAGGAGACAAGGAGGGCCUCGUGCCUAUUGGCUACACCUCUCUCAUCAUGUGAUCUCUGACCUCUGUGAUGCCCUUCUGAUCAGUUAAGGUCAAAUAGGGGACGACCCCAAAAGAAAAAUAAAUAACAGAAAAGGAUUGAAUAUGUAACGUGGCUGAGUAGUAGCUUGUAGAUGUUUAGUGUUAAUCUCCUAUCCCAGUUGCCUGGUUUGUGAUGUGUAAGAUGUUUUAUUCUAAUGUUGGCAUUUUGCUUAAAUAAUGUCAAAAAAAAACAAACUGUAUAAAUUAUACAUAUACAAAUAUACUAUAUGAAUAUAGACUGAUUUUCCAAGAUAGAUAGACAGAUAGAUAAACAAGGAUAAAAAAUAGAGUUAAACAUUACCUCAUUGGUAUAUCAUUUAGAAAUAAUGUAAGAAUGGAUACUGAUAACACAUAGCAAGUCCCUGAGACUAGAAAUAUAUGCUAGAUUUAAAAAAAAAAAAAGGCUAGACAUUUACAAAAAAAGAAAAACUUUCAUUGGAAUGUAUCUGGCAACUGCACAAAUCACUACAAAUUUAGAUAUUAGCCAGUGAAUGCAACCUCGUCAUAUGCAGAGUGAGCAACAUGCAAUGCACUUAACACAUACAACACAUGGACAGACCCUCAGGUGUCUGCCUGGAAAUACUUAAGGCAACUCUUCAAUUCUUUCCCUCUCUUCUCUCUUUCUCAGAAAACAAGAUAAAAGAUAUCUCGCUUGUUCCACUCCCUCUGAGGAAGAAACGUGUUUGUGGCCCUAUCGUAUGCUUGUUGAUCUGCUUAAUCUGCCAAAUCCCCCAAAUUAUUCAUCUGAAACCGUAUUUAAUUAAGUAACUCAGUACAACACACUUGCUCUGGCAAGUAACGUGUCUAAAUGUGUCUUCCCCAAAGCAUCUGUCAUUGCAUCAUAUUAUUAAACUGUCAUUAUUGUUCCUAUCAGUAGAAGUAGUACUACAGGGUGGUGGUGUGAUAGUCUGUCUUCAUGUUUUAUUCUCAACAAUCUUUUAAUUAGUAUGAUUGUUUGAUAGCACUGUAGGCUUGAUAUUGAUGACUAUGCAUACGCUGUACUGUAUGACAGGCUUAUGGAUUGAGUAGCCUUUUGUGUUCACGUUUUGAUCAUGGUGAUUGAUGUCUUUUAUGAGUUCCAUUUGUUAGUUUUGAAUAUUUUCGAUAAAGUGGUGAUGUCUGGAGCUGCAUGGUAUCGCAGUAUCGAGGUGCUGUCAUUCAUCAAUCUUUGCACUGAGAAGAACAAGCUCACUGGGAGAACCCUUGACCGCUCUCUCUGGAGUCUAUAUAGAAUACACGUAAAGGUUCUGGUGUUUAUCCUCUGAAGCAUUUUAUAAAACAUCUUGGCGCUAUCCUUGUCAUAACUCCUGAGCAGAACAUCAAUAGAUUCUUGGUAAAACGUUGAAUUAGUUAUUCCAACUUAAACCCCAUGCUGAAAAGUUCUUUGUGAAUCGUCACGUCAUCCAUAAAUGAACCCAUGAAGCUGGAAGGGUCAUAGAUUGAGCUCUAUAAGCAUGCCGUGAGCUGUGUGUAAAGCACUCGCGAGUACAUCAGAUCGACUGGGAGGGCUGCGCUCAGCUCUUCUACACAGCACCAUCAGCUGGAUGUGCUGACCGCUGCUAGUCCAGCCCUCGUGCCGCACAUCUGCCUCUCUCUCUCUGUCUCUGGCCUCCGUCAGUCGCUCCAGGUCUGCUGCUCGUCCAUCCUCCCUCCACAAUAGCCUGGACACACACACACACACACACACACACGUCCACUCCUCUCCUCUCUCCACAAUAGCCUGGGCGUUGUUUUGGUUUGUUUUUUUGGAGAGCUGUGUGGUGUGGGUCCUGGUUGCCUCUGAGGGUGUGUGCCAGCUGUGGAGCUGAGCUAAGUGACGCCGUGAGGCCAAGUCUACCACUUUCAGGGCCGCAGCAGAGGGGAAGUCAGGGGACUCUGAAAAGGUGCUUCUCAACAUGCCUCCUCGAUCCUCAAGGGGCGUUCCCACUGAUCUAUAACUAACACUGGAUAGACUAUCCCAUAUAGAUCAGUGAGGAUCGAGGCCCGAGGAGUGAGGGAGGACGUAUAAAAGCCCAAAUGAGAGGCACCCAAAGACUCAGGAGGGCCUUCCGCUGGACAGGAAGGGACUUGGGAAUGCGCCAGACAAGCCAUGUAGAUGUUUGUGAUUUAGAGGCUGAGGUUUCUGUUGGAGCUCACAUUAGCUAUAGUUAGCUAUGGUUCUGAUUUUGCAGCAUGGUGCCAACAUGUCCACACAGAUUUUGUAUCUGUUUAUCUAAAAAUAUAAUAAUAAAAGAUAACAAAAUGAAUAAAUGUCAAGGACAGAAGAAACACAAUGUUCAAAUAGCUAUAUCAGACACAGGUGUGAUUGUGUAUGUAACCCUGGCUUGUUAUUUUCUUGGUUGAAAUCUAUGCCUUUUCUUUGUAUUUCAGUGACAGACAAGAUGACUUUACCAUAUGUGACAAUUAGACAACAACUGUCAAAUAUGCAUCCUUAUAAGUCCUGAGUUUCAGGCUAUCUGCAGUAGCUGUACUCAGGAUCAAGGAAAUGAGAAGGGGAAUGCUGAGGAAGAGUAGUGUAGAUCAAAGAGAUCGCAUCCUUGUUGAAGGUGAUGGGAAUACAGGCAUUCCUGUUGAAGGUGAUGGGAAUAUAGGCAUUCCUGUUGAAGGUGACGAGUGUAUUCUGGAUCACUUGAAACACCUGUUCCAUGUGUCCUGUUACUGUAAUCAAUGUCAUACCAUCUUUACCCCUGUGGGAUAUUGCAGAUUUUGGUACAAGAUUAGAAAACAUGAAUAUCAGGAAUUCAUUUUUUUAUUUUAUUUUUUAUUUUUAUUUUUCAUCAGUACAUAUAGAUAUAUAUGCUUAUGUGUGAAUAUGAUAUUUAUUUAAUGAAAAAUGAGAUAGUUUAUGUGAUUUCUGUAACUUGUGGAAGCCAUUUAGCUGUUUCUCUUUCGUUUAUCUUUCUCUCUAUCUAUCUGGUGUUGUGUGUAUGUGUGAGUAAGUGUGUGUGCCUGUGUGUGUGUGUCGGUGGGUGGUGUAGCUCUUUAUGGUAUAGCCCGCUAGUAGCACACUUAAUACAUAUGUACUAAGUCCUUGCAAAGUCACCCAAGUCAGUCAAGCUCCUUGCAUGUGCUUGUUUGUAAAUAUAUUCAAUAAACAAAUAAUAUAUAUUAA